AUGGCAGAAGCCGCUGGUACCGCCAUCGGAAUUAUAUCCUUUGGCCUUCAAUUAUACACCGGAUUGUCAGAAUACCUCGAUGCCGUCAAGGGACGAGAUGAAGACCUCCUCCAGGCUAGAAACAAUGCAAAGACCUUGCAAUGCUCCCUUAAGGCUAUUGAGGAUGCAAUGAGCAAGGUCAACGGCGACCAUGCGAUAGCCCAAGACGCCGUUGAAGAAUGCAAGAGCUCGUGCCAAGCUGAGCUUAAGGCUUUGCAUCAACUUCUUCGAGAUUUGAAAGGAGAGGCAAUUGGUCCUGCAGGCCCGGUCUCGAAAGUCAGAAGUUCCAUUCACAAAUGGAGCUACCCUUUUAAGAAGAAGAGCAUUAACAGGCUUGAGGAGAGAUUGAAGUCGGCCAAUAAUGUUCUCAAAACUGCUCUAUCGACUUUACAGCUGGCAAUUUUGAACGACCAGAGCACAGCUAUCUUGGCCUUGCAGAAGACGGUCGACGUUAUUCACAUGAGAACAGAAAAUGCCUCAAUAGUGACAACAGAACAAGGCAUCGAUCUCAGCCAAUCUCGACAGCAUAGCCGGUCCAAUUCUCAGUCUAUGUCCAUGUCUGCCGAAUCGAAGCUCGAUGAAAUCCUCACGCAUCUUCGUGACGCGGGAACCGCACAAUCACAAAUUGCCCGACUUGUGGCAUACCCGCAAGAUUUACAAAUCUUAUGCAAUGCUGUUUCGAAUGUGUCAUCCGCCCAGCGACCACCACCCGAGUUGCCAGCCCUUCAGCCUGUAAGCUCUGACAGCCGUCUGAGUAUUGGAACUCCGGGAUUCUGUCGCUGUGUGAAGCGUCAGAACCUGCAGCGCAGCGCCGUCCGCUUGGGUCUAGUGUUUUAUGAGACCGAGCUCACAGAGACGACACAUCACACGCCAGACUGCCCCUUAUCACAGAUAAAGACCCCAACCCAACGGACGAGAAGUGUCCUUGGGGUCUCGAUUCCCAACAUCUUGGGGAUCCUGACAACCGCUAUCGGUAUCUCAGUCUCUCUCACAACUGGGGCUGGUGGAUUUAGCAUUGGCCAAAACAUCACUUGGGCUGCAACAGUGGAUGAGAGAUCCUCCCCAUCCUUUAAGAUUAUCAAGACUCUCUGUACGCUUAGGAUAUGGACAGAGCCGACUCUGGGUAAUGAACAGUACCAAGUACUCGCUAAGUCAUGUGUACGACGACUUCACCAUUGUUACAUCAAUCGUCAAGCCUCUCCAGUCGACAUAAACAGCGCCGGCGAAUCAGUACUUGACACCCUCACAUCAGGGAUGAAAGGCGAUUCAUGGAGGAAAGGAGGAGAUGGUGUUGCACUCAUGUUUCAGUCUCUUGCUAGUUUUGACGUGCCUGUCCUCUACGAUCGUGGUGGGGAUCUUCGCUUCCUAUCGCUUGUUUUGGAAAGCAACUGGUUACUUAAAACCAACAUGCUCCCUGAAACCAUGUCAGCACUUCUGUCUCGAUGUGGCGAGUCGACAAGACAUGACUACAGGAGCGUGAACGGUUUCGACAAGUACCCACAAAGACGAAGAAUUCUCAAAGAGUUUCCGCAGAUCGCCGAAAGCCUCGGGUUUAACCCGUUAAGCAUCGCAGUUCUGAGGGAGGAUGAAGAGGACAUCCGAUUCCUGAUAAAAAGAUACCCGUCACUCAGAACGGACGUUAACUAUUGCGGACAAUCACCCGUUCACAUAGCUGUCGUGGUUGGAAAUCUAGACAUACUGUCGCUCGUUAUCGAAAAUACUGACCCCGAAGCCAUCAACAUCAUGGACAGUAUGAAAAGAUACCCAAUCGAUUAUGCUGUCUCCCAUUUUCUUGGGAAACCAAAGACAGAUGACCAGCAGUCAUGUGUCAGUUGUAAGAUGGUGGAGCUACUGCUUGAUUCAAAGGCAGUUCUAUAUGAGCAAUCUCUGAAAGAUGGUCUAUGGGAUUCUUGUACGCGCACCAAGAAAGCCAUUAUCCGACAUCUAGCACAGAGGAGGAAGGAAUUGGAACAACUGGCAGUAUCAAACCUCCCUGCUACUGAGGUACAAGCCCUUGGUCUAUGCAGUGGUUGGAUCUUGGACCGAAAUGCUUUCAAAGUGCAACGCUGUCUCACAGCUAGAUCCUGCCAUGUACCAAGUUACCUCAAGAUACACUCUGAAGAACGCCCGGCAGUGUUGCAGGAGACACCCAAGUCUGUUUAUACAUAUAUACUUGACAGAGAGACUGCCGAGUAUGCCUUUUCAUUAGGAUUCGACAGGGAGACAGCUUUCAUCGACGUGUUUCGGCGCGUGACAAGUAAUAUUAUCCAAAGAGGUGGACGUGGUUGGCCCUCUCCCUGGUACAUUGACUGGAUACUCAACGGCGGCGGAGACCUUGCAUUGACUGUACCAGUGGACUUCAUGCCCGGAGUCGCUAGCCAAGCAACGUGGGCCCAUUACCUCAUGUCAAUUCUAGGCUACAAGGCAAGAUAUUAUCCUUACAGACUCUACGAUAAUCUUUUGCCUCUGUCAGUUGCAGAUACAGCUUUCUCUGAGGUCCUAGGCGACGAUUGUCGAUGUCACUGCUCCUUGCAGGGCUGCACGCCUUUCAUCAAAUUUCUCGAAGGCCUUGGUUGCCGCCGUCGGUUCCCUCGAACCUCAUUUACUCUGACAGAGGGUAUCAGAUCCUUUGUGGCAAGCGCCCAGGCUCUGAUUGCUGGAGAAAAUGCUGGACAGAGUUGGAUGCCUCGUGCCAUCCUACGCUACGCAACAUUCUGUGCAUUAGGACUCCGUCAUACUUGUUGCAAGCAUUUAAAUGGUGGGUCACGCUACAACAUGGAUUCCGAUGAGAUCGAUGAGAUACAUGAAGAGGAUUCUGUCACUCUACAGCAGUUGGAAGACCUCGUUACAUAUUUCGGCAACGGCUACGGAAGCAUGACCACUCUGGACAAGUUUUUAAAGGAAGUUUGGCUUCCAAAGAUGGAAGAGGUAUAUCGAGAGAUCGUUUCUUACAAUAUGACCGAAGAGGAGCUCAAGAAGGCAGAAGCUUGCGGCGUGAAGCUGGCUAUUGCUGACAAACCUGUUCUGGGAUGUGAGCCACCUCAAGUCAUAGAUUGCAACACGAAAGUGGAUGUUGACGAGCCUGAACGUAUGACUGAUGAUGCACCAAUUGGCUUGGAAGGUUGGAUGAAACGAUUGGACGAGAUCGCGAUAGAUCCCGACCGGCCUGUAUUCGUCAAUCCUGCGGGCUCCAGCACUAUUGCUGGGGGCCAGACCGGUGUCUAGUACCUUACAUAGUAGUGCCAUAAGUUUAGACACGGCCAAAAGUAGCAGUGGAGAACAAUGAGGGAGAAAUGGAAUUGUAUGAUAGAUUGCGAUAGAAAUCAGCGCCGUUACUCUAGAUGAUAUCAUGGUCACAAGGCUUUCCCUCGAAACCAGUGACAUCAUGUAAAUGCAACGAAGCAGCGUCUCUAACC